AUGGAAUUAACACUCGAAGUCCAUAAAACCACUGAAGCAACUUACGAUGAUUUAGCUGAAUCUGCUUCUUUGCAUAUGCUUCCUGACCUUCCUGUGGCAGAUGAUGAAAGUGAGGAAACCAACCCAUUAAAGCGGCAGAGGAGAACUGCAGUUGACGAGGCUCUCCUCGGUCAAAGGGGUCCACAUACUCGUGCAGAGCGUGAUACUCGUGGUCGUGGUCGUGGUCAUCAGUGGCGGUCGUUGUCGUCAUGGCAAUAUGCGUGUCGGGAAAGCAGUGUCGAUGAGAAUAAUAUCAACUCAAGCGAAGCUGCGGCAGCGUUACGCGAAAUCUGUUCGGCGUUUGCUUCAGCAGUAGCUGAAGCGGAUUUUUCUUACGAUAAAUUGGGUGGUCGAUGCGGAAGAUCCUGGUGUAAAGGUCAUGUUGCCUGGUGUGUUUACGUUCAUCUGUUGUACUGAUACCUGGAAAGAUGGUGCAAAAAUUUUUGCCAUGAGUUGACGCAUUGAAACGAAAUUCCAAUUACUGUAAAAUCUCUUUGCUUUCUCUGUUUUGCCAAGUUGUCAUGCGUGAAAAC